AUGGGCUGUCAAUCACGCCCGGGCGGUCAUGUCGACUACCUAGCUACGGUACAGAGGUGUGUCUUGUCUGGGAAUGUACGGCAAGCACAAUCCAUACAGGGAGAUGGGUAUGAAUCUCCUCCCUUUAUCAUCACCAAAUUAAGCGAGGUUCUGGAUGAUCCCCAUUAUGGCUUGACAAAUAUGGCGAAGACCAUAUCACGGGGAUCGAUGCAAGCGCCUACGAUGUCGACAGCCUCAAUCACUUCGAACUUAAUCCUCUGGAUUAUUAUCGCUGGCUCGACCGUUGGACUGGCGCCCAGCGUGGUGACCCUCCGUGCACGAAUCGGAAACUCUCCGCAGAGCCGCACGAACGAUGUGAGGCCUGCCUGCCGACGAACGGAACUGGUCUCGACACAUGAUCUAGAAUCUGGUCCUCAACGUCCGUCUUGUGACUGCAGUGUGGAUAGUGGACCCGUUGUGUGCUAUUCUCCUCGUCCUUCUCCCGCCGCCACUGGUUCGCAAAGGCACGAGUGUGGCUUCCCGACGGUGUUGUGUGGCUCAUGCCCAGCGAGUGUACAAAACGUCGAGUCUCACAUCAAGGCUGCUGCUGCUGCUGCUGCUGCUGUCGGCUUCAUGACAAGCUCGAGCGUCGUCACCGCGUCGGCGCCGAAAUCAUCGAACGACCCGUCCUCUCGCUCUGCUCUGAUCCUCUACGGUUCCGAGACGGGCAACGCUCAAGAUGUCGCCGAAGAGGUUUCCCGCCUGACCGAACGACUUCGCUUCCAGACCACCUUGCUCGAUCUCGACGCCGUGCCUCUUCGGGAUCUGCUGCGUCCGACCGUCGUCAUCUUUGUGAUCUCCACGACCGGUCAGGGCGAGGUACCUCAGAACGCGCGUGCCUUCUGGAAACGCCUCCUGAGCAGUGCCCUCAAACCAGGGAUUCUCCUUCGACUCCGAUUCUCGUCCUUUGGUCUCGGAGACAGCUCAUAUCCGCAGUAUAAUGUCUCCCAUCGAGCGCUGCAUGCUCGACUGGUGCAGCUCGGUGCGCAAUCGUUCUGUGAGCGCGGCGAAGGCAAUGAACAGCAUCCUGAAGGUCACAGCGCUGGAGUGCGGGAGUGGAUGCUCUUGUUGAGGGAGACGCUCUUGGAACGGUUUCCACUCCCAACUGGAGUAGAACCGAUUCCAGCGGAUGAGUUUGUGGAGCCGCACUGGCGACUGGCACUGGAUGACACCGUCUCAGAGAAAGUGCCUUUGCAAGACGACUCAGUCACCUUGACAGCCCCGUCGAAGUCUUUGGUCCCUGUCCAUGGAGCCCAUGCGGCAUUCAUCGAAAGUAACAGUCGCAUUACAGCAACGGAUCAUUUUCAGGAUGUAAGGCAUAUCGUUCUCCGCACCGAUGAGCCCAUUUCAUACGGACCUGGAGCAGUGGCUGUCAUAUACCCCAAAAACUUCCCUGAAGAUGUCAACCACUUCAUCGAAUUGAUGGAAUGGAGAGAUAUCGCGGACCAACCUCUACAGUUGGUCGCUGAUUCCAAUCACAAACACGGACCAGGUCCGCUAUCUCCACUGCGCGCCUUCAACCUCUCCAACACGCGCCUCACCAUUCGAUGGCUCCUAGAGAAUGUCCUCGACAUAAUGUCCAUCCCUCGAAGAUCAUUCUUCGCCUCUCUCGUCUACUUCGCCCGUACCGACACCGAGGACGAAUCCUACCAAAAGACCCGCCUCCUCGAACUCGCCGACCCAACCCUGAUCGACGAGCUAUGGGACUACACCACACGCCCGAAACGCACCAUCCUCGAAGUAAUGAUGGACUUCACGACCCUCAAACUGCCCUGGCAAUACAUACUCACCACGCUCCCCCUCCUCCGCGGCCGCCAAUUCAGCAUCGCCAGCGGCGGCGCCCUCAAACAGGACCCAACCACCACCACAGAAGAAGGCGGCAAGUCCCGUGUCGAGCUCCUCGUCGCCAUCGUCAACCCUCCCAGCCCGAUCAUCAAAUACCGCCCCCGCUACGGCGUCGCCACCCGCUACAUGGCCACCUGGGAAGCCGGCAUGACCAUCCCCAUGGGCCUGCAUCCAGGCUACCUCGCCACCUCGCCUUCGGACCUCGCCACGCCCGCAUUGAUGAUCGGCCCCGGGACCGGCGUGGCACCGCUCCGCGCCCUCAUCCACGAACGUCUCGCCUGGUCAUCAUCGCCAUCAUCGUCCCCACCUCCUCCUCCCCCCCUCGCCCAGGACAUGCUCAUCUUCGGCUGCCGCUCCUCGACGGCCGAUCACUUCUUCCACGCGGAAUGGACGACCCUCGCGAUCUCCGCGGGCCUGCGACACUUCACCGCCUUCUCGCGCGAUCAGGCAUUCCCGCGGGAGUAUGUCCAGGACGUGAUCUGCAGGCAGGCGGGGAGCAUCCGAGAGUUGCUCGUCGAGAGGGCGGGGAAGGUGUAUGUCUGUGGGUCGAGCGGGAAUAUGCCCAAGGGGGUCCGGCAGGCGCUCGUGGAGGUCUUGUCCGGGCAAGCGGGUAACAAUUCGGACGGGAACGAUCGGGAGGAGAAGAGUGGUGAGGCGGAGGAUGGAUCCGCGACGCGGACUGUGACGGAGAUCUCUGGAUCGAAGGGAUAUAUGACGGUGGAGGACGCGGAGGCGUUUCUCGCGGAGAUGGAGAAGACGGGGAGAUAUUGGCAGGAGACGUGGUAG